ACCAAUGGGAUGCACGGCGGCUGGCGGAGGAUGGGCGGAGUGAGGCGCGUGUCUGCAGUGGAUUAAAGCAGCCAUCUUUUCGUUGUUGACUGGUGCCGGAGAAAGGACAAUCGUUUGGUUGUUUGAGGUUGUACGAGAUGGUGAAGAUAUUCAUUGGGAACCUUCCCCGGGAGGCAACUUCCGAGGAGAUCCAAUCGUUAUUUUCCCAAUAUGGAGAAGUGACGGAAUGCGCGAUAAUCAAGAAUUACGGGUUCGUUCACAUGAAGGACCGGAAGAGCGCAAAUGAAGCGAUUCGCAAUCUACAUCUAUACAAACUGCACGGCACUGCAGUUAAUGUCGAGGCAAGCAGAAACAAGAGCCAGGGUGCCACCAAGCUUCACGUGGCAAACAUCGACAAGUCCUGCACCAGCCAGGAUCUUCGGGCCCUGUUUGAAGACUACGGGACGGUCACAGAAUGCGACAUCGUGAAGAACUACGCCUUUGUGCACAUGGCAAAUUCCGACGAGGCCAUGGAUGCGAUUAAAGCACUAGACAACAGCGAGUUUCAAGGAAAACGGAUUCACGUACAGCUCUCCACCAGUCGUCAGCGUACUGAAGAGGAUGAUGGCUAUUACCAAGGAGGUCCUCCAGGGAGGGAGGGGUUUUGGCCCCCUAAAUGGCCCGGUGAGCGCCCAAAUCAUGGGCCUCCGGGCUUUUAUGGUCCUGGCAGAUUUAAUCACCCGCCACCAUAUCCACAUCCACCCCCACCGCCACCUCCCCCACGUCCUAGACCAGCCAUGUAUAUGGAGCGCUCAUCCUAUGAUGAUAGAAAUCGUGCUGGGGUGGUGGAUUACUAUGAGAAAUACAGGGCUCGUCCUUACGGCAUCACCUCCUAUGAGGAGAGGCGGAUGGCACCACUGCCCCCACCUCCGCCUCCCCCUCCCUCCAUGAUGAGAGACCGCUUAUCUACAUCAGCUCUUGAUCCUUAUGAGCGUCGCCCCCUACCACCUCCACCAGCAUCUGCUUCGUUUUAUCCACGUGACCGCAGUCCAAUUCGCAGACCACCUCCAGUCCCUGCGCCGCCUGUGGGUAAUGGGUAUGCAUACGAACGCACACGUCUGUCCCCUGUGUCCUCGCUGUCCAGAGGCUCGAUGUACGACAUGUCGCGGCCAAGGGAACCUUUUGCGGAGCGACCAUCACGAUUUUCGUACUAAUUCCAAGCAGCAUGAACUGGAAAGGUGAGAAAUGGAAGCUACCUGCUCUUUUUCCUCCGUUAUUUAUGUCCAUAAAGGGUGAUCUGGUGUUGACCAUUGUGUACUUUUAACCGAAAAGCAAUACUCUAUAAUGCGUGUUUUGACUAAAAUGUUUGAACCAAGCUGCCAAAGCAGGUCCUAAUUUCAGCGUGGAUAUUGCUAUAUGGGCUAUAUUUUUCUGUAAGGCUGCUCACCUGGAGAUCUUGCAUGUCUCUUUUCGACCUGAUGAUUGAUGUGAGUCCAUGAUGCUUUAAAUGAGCUUAUUUGUUUAAAAAAAAAAAAAAAAUUGUCCUGGGUGCCCAUCAUAAUAUUGAGCACUGUUGUUAGGAUAUGUUUCGGAGUGUGCUUGUCAAAAAAAUCAUGAAGUGCACUUGUGGGUCAAACUUUUAAUUGGACACCCUACACUGUCGGGUCUUAGAGUGAGUGAAAUUUGAUGCGCUUUAUAUUUUAAAAUCGUUUCUCCCUGUAAGAAGUUGAUUUGAAUUUGAUUUGCUCUCUUUUCAGGUUUAUAUUUACCGCACCAAGAUCCUCGUUUCCUGAUGCACGCGGCGCAGUAUCACCCAUUGUUUGAGGCAGCUCGCGUACCGCCUGCGACUAACAGGAAGAAUUGCGCAGACAUCUCGUCGUUCAUAAACGCUUUUAAUAUCGUUCU